AACAUGGCUGCCGCGGGUUUGAAGGUUCAGAGUUCCCUGGCACUUGUUUUACGAAACACGAUAUCAGUUUGGGCUUUGGUGCUAUUUUUGUUCUGAGAAGUGCUGGUGUUUUAAAUAUAGAAUGGUUGAUCUCAUUCCCGAGCGAAUUUGGAGCUGGGUGGUGGAAGGAUGGAGGAAUAUGGCCGACUUGGCGGAUAAGAUUGACGAUAUGAUCUGUACAUUUGAAGGAGAGGGUGAAACAACAAUGGAUACAGUGGCAAUGUAUAUGUUUGGGUGGAUGAUGUUUGGUUUAGUUGUUUUAGGAAUAGGUAAAUUUGUUUACGGCAAUUUUGUUGCCAAUAAAGACCUAAAAACUCAAAAUGUAAUUGUUGAACCUCCAGUGACUGUUACCAAAAGUGAAAAUAGUGUAGUUGAUGCUGCAGUAAAGCAACCCCCAAAGGACAUUGUUGUUAAAUCUUCAGGUGGUGGAAAAUAUGUACCCCCUACACCGCCUUCUCGUAAAAGGUUAGGUUCCAGAUCUGGCAGACCUGUUGUAGGCCCUGCCAAGCCUAAGUCAACAAACCUAAUUCACCCUCCUCCAACAGCAACAGGGCCUGAAAGUGAAAGUGUUAAGUGGGUUAAUGAGUUAUUUUUUUGGCUGUAUUCUGACUUAGUGAUAGUGAAUGAGUUAUUAAGUGUUUGGAUUCAAUCACUAAAUGACUUUACCAAGAAAUCCGGUUGA